AUGUCGAACUUGUACGUUCGUGAUGGCGUUUCAAGUGUCCAGCCUCCGCUAUCUCAGGCUGUUGGCUAUGUCGUUGUUGUUGUUGUUGUUGUUGUUGUUGUCAUUGGUUUCCCAGUCAUGAUGCUCAUCACCAAGGUAUUAAAGAAAACCACCGGAGAAGAUAACAAGAAAACGGAAAUGUUCAUGACUGCGAACCGCACUGUCCGCACGGGUCUGACUGCGUCGGCCGUGAUCUCGUCAUGGCUUUGGUCAACCGCCUUACUCGGCUCAUCUUUUGUCGGAUACGAUUAUGGUGUCGCCGGCCCAUUCUGGUUUCUGGUUUGCUGCUGGUUGCAGUCCGAUGAUCGUGUUCUUCGCGUUACUCGGUUGUGCGGAUUCGAUAUGGUAGGGGGUCUUCAGCGACCCUUGCUGGAUAAGAUGGUGGCUGAUAAUGGCUACAACACAGGACAUGUGGCACAUAUGGUCUUCAUGAUUCUGUGCCUGGUGAAUAAUAUUUUUGCUUGUGCUAAUAUGUUGCUUGGUGCUGCGGCUGUCAUUACCGCUGUUACUGGAAUGCACAUUAUUGCGGCGACAUUCUUGCUACCGGUCGGAGUCACAGUAUAUACAUUUGUUGGUGGAAUUAAAGCAACCUUCCUGACUGACUAUUUCCACACGGCAAUUAUCAUGAUCAUCGCCUGCUACUUUUCGGUGAAGGCCUUUUCCAUCGAAGAAGUUGGGUCCAUAGGCCGUCUCUUUGAACUUGUCCAGGCAGCUGCACAGCGUCAUCCAGUUUCUGGGAACCAGGAUGGGACUUAUUUGACUAUGACAUCGAAGAGUGCGAUUCUGUUUGGGAUCCUCCACACCCUUGGCAACUUUGGUCUAGUCAUCAUGGACACGAGUUACUUUAUUAAAGCAUUCUCUGCCUCGCCAGCUGCAGUAGUCCCCGGAUAUACCAUUGGUGGAAUUGCCUACUUUGCCAUUCCAUGGGGUCUCGGAACAGGUAUGAGCUCCAUUGCCUUGGGACUAGAGAAUCAACCUAACUUCCCAACAUUCCCACGGAGGAUGACCACGUCAGAAGUAUCUGGAGGCCUAGUUCUCCCCUAUGCCGCCAUGACAAUGGCAGGCAAAGGCGGCGCAGCAGCAGUUUUCCUCAUGACAUUCAUGGCGUGCACAUCAACCCUCUCAGCCCAAGUAAUCGCAGUCAGCUCAAUCCUCAGUUUCGACGUGUACCGCGAAUACGUCAAAAAGAAGGCAACAGAUCGUGACCUGAUCCGAUCCAGCCAUUUCGGCGUCAUCUUCUUCGCUGCUUUCUCUGCUGGUUUCAGCACCAUGCUCCACUAUGUGGGCAUCGAUCUAGGCUGGACACUAUACAUGCUCGGCGUCGUAACCUGCCCAGGAAUCUUCCCAAUGAUAUUCACAAUCCUCUGGAAGCGUCAAAGCAAAGCUGCAGCAAUCCUCUCACCAGUCCUAGGCCUUGCCACAGGACUAGCAGUCUGGCUAGGAACAGCCUCGCACUUUAGCGGCGAAGUAUCUGUCGCCUCAACAGGCCAGGUCCUCCCGUGUCUAUACGGCACUGUGGCAUCCUGCAUGUCCCCAAUCGUCUACUCCGUCUUGAUAACGCUUGUCAAACCGCAGAAUUAUAACUGGGAUGAUUUCAAGCAGGAGAAACUCUCGCUUGAAACACUUGAGUGGGAUCUGACUACUGUGCAUCAUAAUCACGUUCUGCCAACUGGGAGUAAGAGUCUUGAAGAUGGGGGUGGCGGGACUGAAAAUAAGGAGUUGAAGCGGUGGGAACGAAUUGCUGCUGUUUGGGCUAUUGCGACAUUCUUGGGUCAGUGGGUUAUUUGGCCGUUGCCGAUGUAUGGCUCAGGCUAUGUGUUCAAUAAGAAGUUCUAUACGGCCUGGGUUGUUGUCGGCAUUAUCUGGCUCUGGCUUAGUAUGCUGGUCGCUAUGUUCUAUCCUAUCUUCGAUGGCGGUGUUCAGCAGAUUCGAGAUGUCUAUCGUGGAUUGAAAGGACGGGACAAUAUUGCUGGUACGGUGCUCAGUCAUGAGAAGGAUGGCACCAGUGCUUCUCCUUCUGCUGGGUCUAUCAGCGAUGCUACACGCACGGGUGAUACUCAAGAGGUCAAGGAGUGA